CUGGGGGGGGGAACCCAGACUUUUGCUUGCAAUUGCCAUAGUGAGAGUCAGAUUGCCGUUUUUCUAGCUUUGGAAUUAAGUGAAACGAAUAGGGACUCUCUUGUGAGCCUGAAGGCAGACUGCCCUGCAAAACUGUCUGGUGCCUGUCACCCUAACGCUGCUUAAUCCUGGCAAGGCUGACUGGGAGGAAUAUGGCGAGGGCAGAGAGCAGUGAGAAUGCCUGGAGGCUCAGCACCAGGACGGAGAAAGCUGGCACCUCACAGGUUAAUUACAUGAGCGGCCAGUUCCCUUAUUGACAGGGUAGCUUAGAAAAUGCUGAGGCAGGACAUACACUGCAGAGUGUCAGAGCCGCGGGAGCUUCUGCUCCCAGAUGCCUGCCUGCUUCUCUCUCUCUCUCUCUCUUUCCCUUACUCUUUCUCUCACACACACACAUCCCCACAGCACAGUCCCUGCACAUACCUCCCCAGCAAGCCUGUCAACUUAGCCUGCUUUUCCGUCAGCAGAGGUACCUCUUCUCUGAUGGGAGCUAGCCAACCAUCCAGCCCUACUCCAGCUCUGUGACAAGAACAGGUUUGGGCUCUGCUUCUUGGCCUUUUCUCUCUAAGCAUCGGGUAUUUUGUGCUCAACCCACUCUAAUCUACUGAUUGUUGCUCCUUUACUUUCUUGGUCCACCUGGAACAUUUCACUCCUACCGUCCCUCUCUGCAAUCCCUGCACGAAGCUGGUACAUCGGAUACUCAUGGCCGGCUCUGAGGCACAGAGCGGCCUGCAGCCUUUGUCAAGAAGGCUGUGCCUGUGAAAGGGGAAAACCCAGUCGGCAUCCCAGGACAGAGGACCAGGGGUGGGGGAGAUAUCCAGCGACCUGAGACAGAUCACCUCUCCGUGGCUCUGUGGACAUCUUGGCUGUCAGCAUGAUGAUGUAUUUCUGGGGUAAUCAGGACGCCACGGCUCCGCCUGACGCAAUGGCUCAGCCCUAUCCCCCGGCAACAUAUCCACCACCCCCACAGAAUGGUAUCCCUCCAGAGUAUGCUCCUCCACCACCACACCCGCAUCCAGCACAGGACUAUUCGGGGCAGAGCACAGUACCCGAGCAUGCCUUGACGCUCUACACCCCAGCACAGAGCCACUCCGAACAGCCGGGCACUGAUGCCAGCACGCAGUCCAUAGCAGGCACACAAACGGUACCGCAGACAGAUGAAGCAGCGCAGACAGACAACCAGACACUACACCUACCAGAGAAUGGUUCUGACAAACAGCAGCCUAAGCGGCUACACGUUUCCAACAUCCCUUUCCGCUUCCGGGACCCUGAUCUGCGGCAAAUGUUUGGGCAAUUUGGAAAGAUCCUGGAUGUUGAGAUCAUUUUCAAUGAGCGUGGUUCCAAGGGUUUUGGGUUUGUAACUUUUGAAACUAGUGCAGAUGCCGAUCGGGCACGGGAGAAGCUGAACGGCACCAUCGUAGAGGGACGCAAAAUUGAGGUCAACAAUGCCACCGCACGGGUCAUGACAAACAAAAAGGCAGCUAAUCCCUACACAAACGGCUGGAAGCUGAACCCUGUAGUGGGCGCCGUCUAUGGCCCUGAAUUCUAUGCAGUGACCGGUUUUCCAUAUCCAGCCACAGGAACCGCAGUAGCGUACCGGGGAACGCACUUAAGGGGCCGAGGACGCACAGUCUACAACACGUUCCGAGCAGCUCCCCCACCUCCACCCAUCCCCACUUACGGAGCAGUGGUUUACCAGGACGGAUUCUACGGUGCUGAAAUUUAUGGGGGGUAUGCGGCCUACAGAUACGCCCAGCCUGCGGCGGCGGCAGCAACAGCUUACAGCGACAGGGUUGGCAACUCAGCGAUUCCUCAGUUUCUAACGCUGCCCCCUGUGUUCGCUCCUAGUUACGGCAGAGUUUAUGCAGCUGCAGACCCUUACCACCACACUAUUGGCCCUGCUGCCACCUACAGCAUCGGCACCAUGGCUAGUCUAUACCGAGGAGGGUACAGCCGCUUCACUCCCUACUAGCAAGACAGACCCAGACCCUCCUCACAGUAGUAACACUGACUGCUCCUUAGAAAUCCAACCAAAACCCCGUGGACAUGGGCCCCUGUCCCCUGCUGCUGACCCUCGGCAGCCUAAAUCACCCAUCUCUUUACCUCAAGCCGCCUGCCAUGCCUCUCUUCCCACUUGUCUCUGAUGGUGUAUUGGCCACGUUUGUGUCAUUUUGCAAAGCAGCCAGCCAGGGAGCUGGGACAGGUGCCUGCUUUUACCACACAAACACACACACACACACACAUCCGCCCCAACAAGAUAACCUUCCAGGAACUCCCCUGCCUACUAUAGAGGCACCCAGUGUCUGAGUUCUCCUGUUAGAUCAAGCCCCAUGACAGCCUUUGGGAUACUAUUGGAGGAGGCCCCUGUGAGGCCUCCUGCACCAUUUCUGCUCUCCCACAUCUAAAGGAGAGGCUCUGGCCAAAGGAACUCAGGAUAUCGUCCCCCCUCAGGUGCAGUGGCCCUUCUUCUCCCUCACACAAAGGCAGGGCAAAAGUGCCAGGCGGGCAACAGCCCAGAUCCUUCCUAUAGGGGAAAGAUGGGCCAGCUCAGGCCCUGCGUCAAUCAGAGGGGCAUCUUUCUCCCUCUCUUGCAAGGGGAGAAAAACUGAGUUCCCCUCUUCCCAUUGGGAAAUGAGUGAGAGAUGUACUGCUAGGCUGGCCUUGGUAGAGACUGGGAGGUAUUCUGGAGAAUGUGCAGCGAGCAGGAGACCCCACAGAUCCCCUCUGGGCCUAGCAUGUAGGUCUCUGAGGGAACUGACUGGGUUCGGGCCCUGGGUGGGGCCAAGCAAACCCAGCUUCCUUCCACAAUGCUGGCUACCAGUUCCAUGCUGGGCUUGGGUAAUUUACCUCAUCACUGAUUUUGCUGAGCAAAAUAGGCCCACAGCUGUGUACAAAAGGGACCUGCAAAGCUUAAAGAUACUUUGGGACCCCACUUCCCAAAUCUAACAUUCUGGACCAGCACCCACAGAGAGAGCGGAAAGCGCUUCCCUGCCUUCUCCUCCUGCCCCGUUUUCCCCCCAGGCCACAGCCUGCAGGUUGCUCCAUAGAACAUUCUGCCUUUGUUUUCUG